AUGGUCACAAUUUCUCUAGCAGUUUUUCUUUUCUUGUCUGGGACGAUUUUGGCUCAGAAUCUUGGUUCCAACGAUGUUGUUGUGAAAAAUCUUCUGGGAAUCGGAAGUACUCAAUCCGUGGCUGUAUCUGGAAGACUCAUUUGUAAUGGAAGGCCAGCUGCGAAUAUCAAGCUGAAAUUAUAUGAGAAUGAGAUUAUGUUCGAUCGUCUCAUUGAAGAAGGCCGUACCGAUGGAAAUGGACAGUUCAGAGUGACAGGGUCGAAAAGAGAAAUCACAACGAUUGAUCCGAAAUUAAAUGUUUAUCACAAAUGCAAUUAUAACGGGCUUUGCGACCAAAAAUUCACAAUUCACAUUCCCAAAGACUUUGUUACUUCCGGGAAUCAAGCGUCUCGAACUUUUGACAUUGGCACUUUAAAUCUGGCAAACAAUUUCCCAGGUCAAUCUACAGACUGUAUCAAUUGA